AUGGCACCACCAUCAGCAGUACUUAAGAAAAAAACUACAUCGAAAAAUCCACCUAUUUUUAGUCAAGAAUAUUUUAUUCAAAAUCAUGGUGAUAUUGCAUCUUGUAUUUUAAUGGUUCUAACCCUUGGUACAAUAGUUAAGGCAACAUCAUCUUAUUGUGCGGCAUUUUUUGGUCCUCGUCAUAACGUAACAAAUUUUGAUUCAUUUAAUAUGAUACCAUCUGCACUUUUUAAUUAUGGUUAUAAAGAUUUAUUGAUGCUUUUUUCUUAUACUCUGAUAUGUAUAACACUUCAUGCUAUUUGGCAAGAAUAUAUCUUAGAUAAAUUAAAUAAAAAAUUACACUUAUCAAAAUCUAAAAAUGCAAAAUUUUUUGAAUCAGGUCAACUUAUUUUAUUCUAUAUUAUAAGUGUUAUAUUGGCAUUAAUGAUAUUUAAGGAUGAAUCUUAUUUUCAAUCUGGUUUAAACUAUCUAUGGCGUGAUUAUCCUUAUACAGGUAUGACAAUAUGGACAAAAAUUUUUUUUAUUAUACAAAUUUCUUAUUGGUUACAUAAUUUUCCUGAAUUAUAUUUACAAAAAGUUCGAAAAGAAGAUAUGCCAUCUCGUAUUAUUUAUACAAGUUUAUAUUUAAUAACAAUAAUUUCUGGUUAUUUAACACGUUUUUGGCGUAUAUCAUUAGUUCUAUUAACCAUACAUUAUUUUAUUGAAAUUUUUUAUCAUACAUCACGUUUAGCUUAUUUUUAUGCUACAACUAAAAUACAUUCAACAAAGGCUAAAUCAAUUUCAACAUAUUUAUUUAAAAUAUGGAAUUAUGUAUUUAUAGUUGGUCGUUUAGUAUCGAUUGUUUUAACAUGGUUAACAUUUUGGUUUGGUUUAAAAAGUUCAUCUGUUAAUAAAAUAUCACUUACAUCGAUUUCUCUUGCAAAUUCAAAUGAUAUAUCGGAUGAAUCAAUUAUGGUUUCUAAUUUUAAUACACCACUUGUACGUUUAUUUACACUUGUCACAAUUGGUAGUCUUCAAUUUUGGCUGGUUUGGAAUUUUAUUCAAUUUCAUAUGAGACGUCGAAGUGAACAACGCAGUGCACAAUCAACAGCAACAACUUUAACAAAAGUUUCAAAUAAACUUAAACAAAAACAACAAGAUUUAAAAACUGGUAAAUCAGACAAUGAUGAAACAGAUGAACAUCGUGUUACAGCUGUUAUUGGUUCUGGUAAUAAAAAAAGCAACUAA